ACACACAGAUACACACAGAAAACUUUGUGCUCGUUGUCGUUCUCGUUUGCUCGCUCGCUCUCUCUCUCUCUCUCUCGUUCUCUGGAAUGUUUUGAAUCCCUUAAGUUAACCGUGUAGCUCCUCAACUUGCAGCAAAAUGUGUGCCACAUACAACAAAUCAAAGAAAUUCUCACAUAACCUGAACUCCAUAGACAACAGAAAGUGAAGAACGCAAGAAAAUAAAAUAAAAAUAUAAAUAUAAAUAACAAAACAACUAAGCAGAAGUGGAAGCAAAAGAGCAGAAUCUGAAUACGGAGAAGAAUCAUAACCAAAAGAAAAGCUUUAACUUAAAUAUUUUUUAAGUAUACAACUAUACAUAAACAUAAACAAAAAACAAAAAAAAGAGAAGAAAUCUUAGCUGUAAGCUAAAUAAGUACGUACAUAAACUUAACUUAAACUUAAAUACUUAAAAUAAUUGAGAACUAUCGCAAGUGCAGAGACCAACCAAAUAUAUAAACCUAAUGGCAGUUUGUGAUUCUCGGUGAUAUGGUGUAAAUGUGAUAAACGAUGUUAUAAAAGUUUUAAAUGCAAUUACAACAAUAAUAAUUAAACCAAUAACGACAACAACAACCGCAACAACAACAACAACAAACGCUAAAUUCUUAGCGAAUUGUGUUUUCGACUCUACGUUUUUUCAUUUCGCAACAUUUUUUUAAAAACCAAAACCAAAAGCAAAAAAGUAUAAAACAAACAACAAUAAUAACUAUAUACCUAUACUAUAUACACCCAUAUAUAUACAUACAUAUAUAUAUAUAUCUAAACUUAACUAAACUAAGCCUUGUCUCUAUAAGUCUAUUAAAUAAUACUUAAUACUACAAAUAUAUAUCUAAAUUAAGUCGCACAAAAACCAAAUAAAUUACAAAAAUACAACAAAUAUAAUCCCGUGGAGUAGCAGCUGAAAAAGGCGUAGUGAUUUUUUAAUAUUCUAUCAACUGCACUGCCGGCAUAUUUUUGACAAUAUAUGAUUUUAAUCUAACAAACAAAAAAAAAAAAAAAAGAACAAGCCCAAAAUACCAGAAUACAUACGUACAAAGAUUAUAAACUAAACUAAAAAACAAAACAAAACGAAACUUUAAUCGUAUGCAAAGAUUCUUAUGAAACAAGCAAACCAAAAAGACAACUAACUACAGCAGAAAAAACAACAACCAGAAACUGGAGCGACAAACAAAAUGCAAUAGUUAUUCUCACUCGCAAAAAAAGUACAUUUUACAUAAACUGUGAUUAUGAGUUCCACAAAAUCUCAAGUAGCCCUUGCUACAAAUAUUCCAACCAACUUAGCCUCCGCCUCCGCCUCAGCCACCUCCACUGCGGCCGCCGCCGUUGUUGUUGUCGCCGCCGUUGCCUCAAAUAACAGUACGACGUCACCAGCAACAGGAGCAGCAGCAGCAACAUCAGCAGCAGCACCAACAGCAGCCGCAGCAGCCACUACAACAACAACUGCAACUGCAGGACAGGCAGUGACGUCAUCGACAACAGCAGUUGCAACAACUGCAACAACCGUGUCUACAAUAACAACACAAACAACAGCCAGCAACAACAACAACAGCAACUGCAGCAACAGCAGCAGCAACGAGGACACAUCUUCCGCAUCGAAUUUGGGGCGUCAGAAUAGUUUUGGCAAUAGACGCGGCAACAUGAAGGGCAAACAUCUCACACGGAGUCAUGCCAUGCGCGAGUCGACAUCGCCGCCACGCACGCCAACGCCUCGAGCUGCCUCCGAGCAACAGCAGCAGCAACAGCAACACCCCAGCGAUGCCCACGAACACAACAACAAUAAUAACAACAACAACAGCAAUGCCAUACUAAAUAAUAAUAAUAGCAAUACAAACACCAAUAGCAAAGCACAAUCAACUGGACGCGGCAAUUCGCCGCUCAUGGAAACGCCUGCUGUGAUUGUUACUAGUCAACAGCAGCAGCAGCAACAACAGCAGCAGCAGCCGUUGAAUGUGCCGCUGCGCGAUGAGCAAGAGUUUCCCAAGUUGUCGCCGCCAAAGAAAUCUGGAGCUGGUCAACAUAAUCGCACCAAUAGCAACGGCAGCUCUGGCAUCGAAUACAACAACAACAACAACGGCAGCAACAGUGGCAACAGCAACAACAACAACAACAAUGGCAAAAAGUAUGUGGUGGAUCUAAAAGCCAAUGGACUCGACAAGCAUCACAACAACAACAACAACAACAGUGGCAGCAACAACAACUCUGGUGCAGUGCUCUACAACUCGGGCAUGAAUUACAAGGCAGCGGAGCGACAUGAACGCCACGAACGUCACGAGAUGUCCAGCCAGAAUAGCAAUCUCAGCAACAGCAACCACGAGGAGGAGCAGUAUCACUAUGAACGUUCAGCUGGCGGUGGCGGUGGCAAAAAGCAUCGUGCCAACACCAAUUCCAAGGGCUCUAAGCCACGCUUGAAGAAUCUUACCGGCAGCUCUUCGGGCAGCAUUGAUGGCGGUGGCAGUGUUGGCGGUGGCGGUGGCAAUGGUGGUGCAGGUCCUGGUGGCGGUGCUUCGGGCGUUAAUAAUUGCAACAACAAUUCACAGACGCUCAACUCGAACAAUUCGAGCAACAACACAUCGGGCUUUAUAUCGCGCGAGAACUCGAGCGAACAGUACACGGACUAUGGUGGCACCGAUCUGUUGACAUUCUUUCGCGAUACGCUCAACAAGAAUCCCAAGGAUCGCAAUAUACUGUUGAAAAUCGAAAAGGAUUUGAUGGAGUUUGUCCAGGAUAAAAGUCGUGGCUGUGAGUAUCGAUUUCCGGCAACCUCCUCGUACAAUCGCAUGCUCAUACAUCGCACGGCUGCCUUCUUUGGCAUGGAUCACAAUGUGGACUCGGAUACGCAGCAGUGCGUCAUUGUGGCCGUAACCAAGGGCACUCGCAUACCAGAGAUUCGCUUCAAAUCGCUGGUGCGUGGCGACCAUCGUGAUGAUGCACGCAAGUCAAUUCUGAAGCGGGAUACGCAUAGCUUCGAUGAGGUGCGUCAGUCGCCUUAUCUUUGCCCGGAACGCGUGAUGCUCGAUCGCAAGGCCAAGAGCUUUGAGGAGCGUGAAGAGGAUUAUGAUCGUGCGCGUAGUCGCAUCUUCAAUCGCACCGCACAACAGGAUGGCUAUGGCAACGAGAUGCCCAAUGAUGAGUGCUACGGCGGUGGAGGUGGCGGUGGCAAUGGUGGUGGUGGUGGCUGGCACAAUGCAGUCGAACAGCAGCAGCAACAGCAACAACAACAACCGCCCAGGCCCAAGCGACCCAAUGGCAAGAUGUUGCAAAUGCAGAAUUCCACAGAGUCUCGCGAUGGCGGUGGCAUGCGUUCAGGUGGCGCUGUGCCCAAGUCGCACAACUUUGGCAACUACGGUGGACCUCCAAGUGCUGGUGGACCUGGUGGCGGCAACUCGCUGCCUCGUGGCGAUUCCACCAACUCCAGCAAGAGCGGACGUGGCGGCUUUGCCAAGCAGGACUCGACCGGCAGCACCAGCACACCUUGGCGUCUGUCGCCCUCGAGCAGCGGCUACAAGACACGCACACAAUCCGUGCGCUCCGAUUCCGUAACGCCAUCGCCCACGGGCUACGGCAGCGACAGGCAGACGCCGGAGUUCAGCCAGCAGCCGUCGGUGCAGGCUCAGUCGUCGUCGUCGUCUUCUUCUAACCGGGGAAUGGCCUAUCUGCAGCAACAGCAGGCAGCAGCAGCGGCGGCAACACCAAUUGCAACGGCAGCAACAACGACAACAACAUCAGCGUCCAAUGCCCCAGAGUCGGCAUCAGCAUCGGGACUCGUCUGGGCCGUCACAGACAUUUCGAGUGUGCCAAUUGGCAGCGUCCUCAUUGAUCCGCAAACCCUCCAACCAAUUCUCAAUCCAGACGGCUCCAUUUACCACUACGACCCGUCCAACUUGCCGCCCAACCAGGCGCUGCAACAUCAAUCGGGCAACAAUGGAGGAGGCGGAGGGGGUGGCGGUGGUGGCAACUAUCAGUCAAGUGGCAACUAUGCGCCCUAUCGCAAAUCCUCGCCGCAUCAACCGCCGCAGCAACAGCAGCAACAACAGCAGCAGCAGCAGCAACAACAGCAAUCGCAUCAGCAGUCAGCACAGCAGCAAGUCUACAGCAAUGAGUUGUCCUGCAGCUCAACGGAGAGCUAUGCCGAGGAGGUGCAAUCACCGGGCAUGGAAUGCUCCGAGGGCUAUGACAACUACACCACAGACUCACAGCAGCAGCAGCAGCAACAGUUGCAGCCGUCACUCGAUGGCAAGGGCGAUGAAUGUGAUAGCCUGUCCAGUGCCACCGGCUGCCUGAGCAUUACGACCUCAACCUCCACCAAGAACUACGAUCGCAUUGAGGUGCAAAAGUACAAGAAUCAGGCAACCAGUCCCAAUAUACCCGCCUGUUGUGCUGCCGACAAGGAGCUCGAAGUGGUUGCCCAACAACAACAACAGCAGCAGCAGCAAUUGCAACAGGAACCCGAGCAGGAAACUGUUGUGGUAUCAGCAAGUGGCAGCAGCAGCAACAGCAGCAGCAACAACAGCAGCAGCAGCAACACAUCAGCAGCAGUUGAGCUGCCACAGAGCCAGACACCGCUGCCGGUGGUUGUGCCGCUGGCGCAGAAUUGUGAUGCCCAAUCGCUGUCGCCCAGCAGCACGCCCUACAGCCAGUGCGAUGUGAAGACCGCGAGCCAGAGCCAAGCUCAGGUUGCAGUCGAGGAGCCCAAGACAACCACCUGGUCGUAUGCGUUCCAUACCACAACUACGCCCAAUGACGCUGCGCCCUACUGCGCCACCACAUAUCAACAAGGACCCGAUGGCAGCAUCUAUGCUGUGCCACAGGGCAUGGUGUAUGCGGCGUAUCCACAGCCAACGGUGAGCAACGCCGCCUCGCAGCCGCUCUUCCAGCUGACGAGCAGCAGCCAGCCAACGCAAGCGCUCUUUGCCUCGCAGGAGGGCGGCGAACUGCCCGGCGGCACCUACAUGAUACCUGUCUUCGAUCCGGCCCAGCAGCAGCGCGAAAGCUUAAUACCCGCCCAGGCCAUCUAUCAGACGCCCGCUGGUCCAGCCACAGCUGUGAUGCCGAUGGCCACCGCCACCGCCUAUCCGACGGCCCAGUUUGCCGCUGCCGCACCAAAUGGUGCGCCCAUCUAUCAGGCGCCUUGGAUAUACUCGAGUGAACCGGCUGGGGCACAGCUGCAACAACUGCCGAUGGCCACGUAUCCAACGAUUGGCUAUCCGUAUCAUCAUUAUUAUCCCAUACCCUACUAUGUACCGCAACAGGCGGUCACUGCGGCCCCGAUGGUGGCCACAGCAGCGGCCGCUCAACCCGGCGGACCAAAUGGUCCCGCCGUCGGUUCGUCAUCGCAGCAGGUUCAGGCUGCUCAGGCGGCGGCCGCACAGCUGAAUCUCGCAACUGCCUCAGCGGCUGGACCGCCAACGGUAGCUGGCGGCCAGCAGGCCACCAAUGGCCACAUUGUCAGCAGCGGCUCCAGCGGUGGCUAUUUGGGUGGCGCACGCGUUAAACGCACACCCGGCGGCGGCUCAAUACACUACAAUCCCAGCUACCAGGCUGCGACGGCAGCCGGACAUGCUGCGGCUGCAGCGGCGGCGGCAGCUGGACAUCAUCCGGGCGCUGGAUCGGCGCAGAUCAUUAGCACACCCGGUGCUGGGGGCACAACGACAUAUCAUGCGCUGCCCACGCUAACGCUGGCGCAUGGCGGCGCGGGGGCCAACACAGAUCUCAAUGCGGCCGCCGCUGCCGCUGCAGCGGCUGCAGCAGCCGGUGCUCACGUCUAUGCGCUGCCCGCCCAGCAUACCGCAGCGCUGAUACCGACCAACAUCUUCCCCCUAUGCGACGGCGGCGCCGGGCCAGCCGGGCGCCCAGCAGGCGGGACCACAGGCGCUGUGCUGCAGCAGCAGCAACAGGCGCCGCCACCAGCUCCCCACUCGGCGCCGCAUCAUGCGCUCAUCACAGCGGCGCCCUUCUAUUCGGCGGCCAGCAUGGAUGCCACCGCCUCACAGUCGGCGCCCAGCACGCCAGCCGCACCUGGACGUCAGGCGCCGCUCUUCAGCACUCCGCCAGCGCCUAAUGGAGGCGGCAAUGGCAGCGGUGGCGUUGGAUCUGGCUUGGGUUCGGCGGCUGGAUAUCACAGCAAUAGCUCAACGCCGCAUUACUAUCACAGCCAGAGCAGCAACGAGGGCGGCUAUGUGACGCCCUACGAGAAGCGCAACAACCUCGGCGGCAACAACGGCGGCGGUGGCGGGGGCAUGGGUGCUCCAGCUCCCGGUCGCAAACCGUAUCAUCCCGGUGGCUACAAUCCACGGCACUCGGUGCCGCUGAGCGGCAUGCCUGCAGGCGCCAAGACGCCGCUACUGAACUCCAACAAUGAGCCAACGCCACGCGCCUCGCCCAGCAGCGUCAGCUUGGGUGGACCUGGUGGCCAUGCGACGUCGUCGAGCUAUCAUCAUGCUGCGCAUCGUGGACCGCCACCGGCUAUGGGCAAGCGUGACAUGAAGCCUGCCCAGAUGCCGCUGAUCAGCGGUCCACCGCCCAGCUAUGCCACAUCGAGCAGUCCCGCGGGUCAAGGUGGCUACGAGGCAAAGCCUCCGGUGCGCCUUAAUGCUGGCGCUGCCAGUUUUCGCAGCCAGAAAUCGAUGAAUGCCGACUAUCGACGCAGCGUCUCGCAGCGCAAUUCGCCCAGCGCCAAUGGGGCGGGCAAUGGCAAUGGGAAUGGCAACAACAGCAGCAGCAGCCAUAGCCAUGAGAGCAGCAACAAUUCGCCCAACAGUAUUGCAGGUGGUGCAGGCGGUGGCAACAACAGCGGCAACAGCAACAACAACAGCGCCGCCAAUACACCGAAUGCCAAUGCACCUCCUCCGGCCACCAAUCUGGGCACCCAAUACAUUGUCGUCGAUCAUGCAACGGGCGCCGCUGUGAACACCUCGCCACCAUCGCUGUAUCUGAGCGGUGGCAACAAUGCCGGCGGCGGAGGUGGCGGUGGCGGCGGCAACGGUGCCGGACCGCGCGCCUCGCACAUUCCAGCCCAGCUGCAUCACAAUGCCGGUGCAGCAGCCGCCGCGGCGGCAGCAGCAGCAGCAGCCGGUGCUGGUGGCCAACAGGCGGCCGCAGUGCUCAGCGGAGUUGCCGCUUUGGGUGGCUACAAUCCCAAUGCCGCAUCCGGUGUAUACAUCAAGUAUGGCCAGACAUACUUUGCGCAUCCAUCGGUGACCUUGCCCAACAAUCGACGCUCGCCCUCGAGCGACAUUCGGCCACAGAUGGCUCAGGUUACCGGCAUGUAUCCCGCCGCAAUGAUGAUACAAGCACCUCCACGUCAUCCAAGUCGUCAUCCGAAUCCGAACUACAAAGGAUCGCGUCCGCGGUAAAUCUACCGCCGCCUCCGUGGACAACUAGGAAGGACGCUCACAACACAAAAGCAACAACAAAAACAUAUAAAAAAGAUAAAAAAGAAAACUACAUACACAUAACGACAUACCUAAGAUAAAUAUAAAUAGCAACCUAAUCUAGUGGAACAUAAUGUAGAUGACAAAAGAAAAACAUAAAAAAAAAAGAAUGGAAGGAAUGGAAAUGAAAAGAAAAGAAGUGUGCAGAAAAAGAACAGAAGCGAGAACACA